GGGUUGAGCAGCUCCUUCGUCUUGCCUGGGUGUGUAUUGACGCGUAAGGAUGAGCGAGCGCCGAGUGAACGCCGCGCAGGACGCGGUCAUCAAAGUGCUGGUGCUGGGCGACGCCGCCACGGGCAAGACGAGCAUCAUCAAGCGGUACGUGCACGACGCCUUCUCGGAGCACCACCGCACGACGAUCGGCGUGGACUUCGCGCUCAAGGCGGUGACGGUGAACGGCACGACGGUGCGGCUGCAGCUCUGGGACAUCGCCGGCCAGGAGCACUUCCGGGCGCUCAACCGAGUCUACUACAAGGACGCGCUGGGAGCGUUGCUGGUUUACGAUAUGUCCCGUCCGGAGACUUUCGACAGCAUCCUGAAGUGGAAGAAGGAGAUCGACUCCAAGGUGGAACUGCCGAACGGCAAGCCGCUGCCCGUCAUUCUCUGCGGCAACAAGUGCGACCUGAAGGAGGAGGUGGAUCGGGGCUUCCUGGACGAGUUUUGCAAGACCAACAACUUUACGGGCUGGUUCGACACAUCCGCCAAGGAGAACAUCCACAUCGAUGAUGCUGCUAAGGCGCUGGUAACAGGCAUCCUGGAGCACCAGGACAUUUUCGAGCGAAAGUCGGAGGCGAAGAAGCGCAACGACACUUUCCGCCCCACGAGUGCUGCCAACGGAGGCAACGCAAACCAGUCCAGCUGGUGCUGCAACAGCUUCUAA